AUGUACCACAGGAAAACACACCAUUUGGUUAAAAAUGUUGUUGAGAGGGAAUUCAGCAAGGUUGAUGGUACAGUACGUGUAGUAUUUUGUACAAUAGCUUUUGGUAUGGGUGUGGAUGUACAGGGCGCUUAUCUUGCAAUACAUUUAGGACCAUCCAGUACAAUUGAUGAUUAUAUUCAAGAAUGUGGUCAUGUUGGUCGAAGUAAUGAAAUCAUGAGUCAUGCUGUACUGCUUAAGUAUUCAGGGUGUACAAGAAGUAAGAAUAUUGAAAAGCCAAUGAAAAACUACCUAAAUAAUACUGAAAUUUGCAGGAG